UGAACGCUCAUCCAAAGAAAAUGUUUGACAUGUUGAUAUUCUGUUUGUGCUCGUGGAGUCUGAGUGGAGUGUCUGGUGUUGAUGAAGUGAAGUCAGUGUCAGUGACUGAGGGAGAAUCUGUCACUCUAAACACUGAUACUGAAAUACAGACAGAUGAACUGAUAGCCUGGAGAACUGGACACAACAAUCUCAUAGCUAAAAUCAAAGGAAAUAACUUCGAGAGAUUCAGAGACAGACUGACACUGAAUGAGAAGACUGGAUCUCUGACCAUCACAAACACCAGAACCACAGACUCUGGACUUUAUAAAGUCACCGGCAGCAGAUCAAAGACACCGCUCAACAUAUUCAAUCUUACCGUCUAUGCUCGUCUGCCAGUUCCUGUCAUCAGCAGAGACUGUUCCGUCCUCAGACUGUCCCCAAAUUGUUCAGUGGUGUGUUCAUCAGUGUUGAGUGUGUGUGAUGCGACUCUGUCCUGGUACGCAGGAAUGAGUGUAUUGUCCAGCAUCAGUGUGUGUGAUCUCAGCAUCAGUCUCUCUCUACCUCUGGAGGUGGAAUAUCAGGAUAACAACACUUACAGCUGUGUGCUGAACAAUCCUGUCAGCAACCAGACCACACAUCUGGACAUCAACACACUCUGCCACACAUGUGCAGGUGAUCAAGAGAAUCAGGGAAAUGCGCCAUUCAGUGCUCCUCAUAGCCCCGCGAUGGGAAAACCAGACUUGGUUCCCAGAGCUAACACGGCUGUCACAGACAGCCCCAUGGCCUGUCCCGCCUGUCCCGAGCUUGUCCCGCUCAAGCUUGCGGCUCGAUCUGGCAUCCCCAUCCUGAGUGCUGGUCUCUGCAUGUAUGGGUGUGGGGUCCUGCGGCUGCUCAGUUUCCUUGAAGAGCUGCUGGACAGGGGUAGAUCCCCAUCCACGCUCAAAGUCUAUGUGGCGGCCGUCGCAGCAUUCUCAGAAUCAAUGCACGGUCUGUCAAUAGGCAGGGACGAGCUUAUCAUCUGCUUCCUCAGAGGAGCCAGAAGGAUGAAUCCUCCGCGCCCCCCUUCAGUUCCUAUGUGGGAUCUUUCUUUGGUCCUAGAGGCCCUGAAAGCAUUCCCCUUUGAAACCCUAGACUCGGCGGACCUGAAAUACCGGUCACUCAAAACCGUUUUCAAAAAGUCUGCAGUGCCCUCUGGGCAUCAGGGCUCACUCCACUAG